AUGGCCCGUCGCUCCUCGGGCCCUCCUCAACCCCGGCCGAUUCCGCACGUCAAGAGGGUCCUGGCCGUGUCGAGCGCAAAGGGCGGCGUGGGAAAGAGCACUGUUGCUGCCAACCUGGCCCUCGCCUUGUCCAUGCAGCAAGUCCCCGUCGAAGGAAUCUCGGGCUCGAACACGACGCGAGCACCGCGCGUCGGCCUGCUGGACCUCGACAUCUUUGGGCCCAGCGUGCCGAUCCUGAUGGGUCUCCAGGGCGUGGGCGAACCGGAGCUGAGCGAGACGGGUGCACUGCUACCCUUGACCAACCACGGCGUGCCGUGCAUGUCGAUGGGCUUCCUCCUGCCAGACGCGAGCGAGGGAGCCUCGCCCGUCGUCUGGCGAGGUCUCAUGGUCAUGAAGGCCGUCCAGCAGCUCCUCUUCGAUGUCGACUGGCGUGGCGUGGACGGCCAUGCUCGAAGUGCAGGCCAAGAAACAGCCGGAGACGGACUCGAUUGCCUCGUCAUCGACAUGCCUCCGGGUACGGGCGAUGUCGCUCUCAGCUUGACCCAGCUCGUAAAGGUCGACGGCGCCGUCGUUGUCAGCACGCCCCAAGAGGUGGCCCUGGCGGACGCGAGAAAGGGCGUGGCCAUGUUCGACAAGAUAACAAGCGGAAGACAAGGAGAAAGGAAAGGCGCAGCCACGGCUGAUGCAAAAAGAGGCGCGCAGAUCUCCGGCCUGGUCCUCAACAUGGCCCACUUCACUGCGCCCGACACGGGCAAACACUACCCGCUCUUCGGCCCGCCCGAGGCCUUUGAUACAUUUGCCAAGUCAGCCAAUGCGCCGAUCCUGGCCAGGUUACCCCUCGAAGCCUCAAUCAGCGCCGGCGGGGAUGCGGGCCAGCCCAUUGUGCUCAAGCGGGAAACCGAGUCUAGCGCCUCCUUUCAGCAAAUGGCCGCAAAGCUCUGGCCGACACUCAAGUAG